UGGUGUCACUGGUCACUGGUUGUGAUACUUGAGUUGCGAUGCGCAAAUAUCUCCGUACGAUGUGUAUUGUUUAAAUAUGUCCCAAAAGGGAAUGCAAAUUUUAAGAGUUUAAGAUAGAAAAUUGGUUCUCGACGAGACAAGACAGAUGCAAAACUUUAUUUUUUUAAUAAAAAAUGUGGUUUCUCGUAAACUUUUAAUAUUAAAUUGCAAGUGGAUAAAGAAAUCAAGUGUGAAGGUAGAAAUGUCAAACUUUUUUUAUCUAAUUAAUUGGUUGAUUAUAAAUAUGUAUAAUUAAACUAAAAAAAUAAUGACCGCAUCACUGGUGGCGACAUAGCUUUCGAAAUGCAUCCAUUUUCUGCGUUACCCUCAUCCCCCCGAAGAACUGUCACUGAAAGACGUCUAACUAGAUUGGAAAGUAGAAAAUUGCCUAUUGAGCCUACGUUAUUAGAAAGGAGACUCUGUGAAGCAUUUGAUGUAUUCGAUAAUGCAAGAAGUGGAGAAGUAGAUGUUAGAGAUUUGGGUACUAUAAUCAGAGCAUUAGGCUGUGUCAUCACAGAAGCUGAGUUACAAGAAAUACAAGUAGAAGUGGAAGAUGUUGAAAAUAAUUGUGUACCUUUAAACAGAUUUGUAGAAUAUAUGAGCAAAGCGAUUAAUGAACGCAAGUUUAAACCAGCAGAACCAGAAGAGUUAUUGAAAGCAUUUCAAUUGUUAGAUCCUGAAAAUCGCGGAUACAUCAUGAAAGAUGAUUUAGAAAAAUCAAUUAUGGAAAUUGGAGAGCCAUUUACAAAAGAGGAAGUGGCCGAUAUGAUGGCCAUUGCGUGUGAUGUAGAAACAGGAAAAAUUAAUUAUGAGCAUUACAUCAAUUUGCUAAUUGUGGAAUAAACAAGGAUACUUACAAUAUGAUUCAAUCCUUCUUGAACAGAGUGGUCUCUAGAAUAUAUUAAGCUUAUUUUUGAACCUUG